GUUCAAAAAGCCAUUCUUUAUGUGCAUGCAUGGCUUAUUAAUUUUUCCUCUUACUAUAUAAUAUAAUACUUCUUAAAAGGGGGCUCCUUUAUAUUUUCAUUCUCCUUCUCUCAUUUUCUACUUCAACUUUCUUAUAAUAAAACACUAUGGGAAAUAUGCAAUAUUUUUUUCUUAUAAGAUUAUUUGUGUUUAUUAUUAUUUUGAAUAUUGGAAAUGGACAAUAUCCAAUAGAAGAUUUGGUGGACAAUUUACCAGGGCAACCAAAAGUUGGAUUUAGACAAUAUGCUGGAUAUGUGGAUGUUGAUGAAAAGGCUGGAAGAAGUUUGUUUUAUUACUUUGUUGAAGCUGAAAAAGAUGCUCAUAAACUACCUCUAACUCUUUGGUUAAAUGGAGGUCCAGGAUGUUCAUCAAUUGGAGGAGGUGCCUUUACAGAACUAGGACCAUUUUUUCCUAGAGGUGAUGGCCAUGGUCUCAGAAGAAAUACUAAAUCUUGGAAUAAAGCAUCAAAUCUGUUAUUUAUUGAAUCUCCUGCUGGGGUUGGAUGGUCUUAUUCAAACACAUCUAGUGAUUAUACUUGUGGAGAUGAAUCUACUGCCAAGGAUAUGCUCAAUUUCAUGCUCAAAUGGUACGAAAAGUUUUCAGAAUUAAAAUCUAGACCCUUGUUCCUUACGGGUGAAAGUUAUGCAGGACAUUAUAUACCACAGUUGGCAAAUGUCAUACUAGACUACAACAAGCAGUCCAAGGAUUUUAAGUUUAACCUAAAGGGAGUAGCUAUUGGAAAUCCACUUUUGAGAGUAGACAGAGAUGUUCCAGCAGUGUAUGAAUAUUACUGGUCACAUGGAAUGAUAUCAGAUGAGUUAUUUUUGAUAAUCAAAGAGAAUUGUGAUUUUGAUGAUUAUGAAUUCCCAGUUCCUCAUAAUGUAUCAAUUACAUGCAAUCAAGCUAUUGAUGAAGCUUAUAAACUAAUUUCUGACUACGUUAAUGUCUACGACGUUAUUUUGGAUGUUUGUUAUCCAUCUAUCGUUCAACAAGAGCUGCGUUUACACAAACAAGUAACUAAGAUGAGUGUGGGAGUAGAUGUUUGCAUGACAUCAGAAAGAUACUUCUAUUUCAACCUUCCUGAAGUUCAAAAGGCUCUUCAUGCUAAUCGUACUAAUUUACCUUAUGAAUGGAGCAUGUGCAGUGAUGUGCUGAAUUACUCUCAAUCAGAUGGUGACAUUGAUAUGCUUCCAUCCCUCAAAAAUAUUAUUCAACAUGAUGUACCUCUUUGGAUAUUCAGUGGGGAUCAAGAUUCAGUGGUACCACUAAUAGGUUCACGAACAUUGGUUCGUGAAUUAGCUCGGGAUCUAAAGUUCAAGACCACCGUACCCUAUGGGGCAUGGUUUCACAAAGGGCAGGUAGGAGGAUGGCAAGUGGAAUAUGGAGAAAAACUCACAUUUGCAACAGUAAGAGGAGCAGCUCAUAUGGUGCCAUAUGCACAACCAUCAAGGGCUUUGCAUCUUUUCACCACAUUUGUUCAUGGAAGAAGAUUGCCUAACACCACUCAUAUUCCAAUUAAUUCAUCAUUCAAUUUGAAAAAUUAAUUUCAUUCUGGCUUAAGUAUAAAACUCAUUCAAGUGGUUGUCUACUUUUGAUAGUUUAUGUUGUUGUGCAUAAAUAUGAAUGGAUACAUAAGUUUCAUGUAACAUUCUUCAAUUAACUUGAAAUUGAGUUGUAGUUAAUUAGUUGAUAAAUAUUAUCUGGGGAUUUUUAUACUGCA